GAUCGGAGGGACACAGCGGAUCACCGAUCAACGGAAAGAGCCAAAGAUGUCGGCUCAGUCAUGUGAUCAGCUGUGUCCAAUCACAGCUGAUCGCAUGGGACAUCUACACUGAUCAUCAGAGCACUGAUGAUCAGUGUGUCCUGAUGAUCUGUGUAGCCCCAGCAGUGCCACCUGUCAAUGUCCAUCAGUGCCACAUUUCAGUGCCUACCAGUGCACAUCAAUGCCACAUAUCAGUGCCCAUCUGAGCUGCCUUUCAGUGUCACCCAUCAGUGCCAGUCAGUGCUACCUAUCAAUGCCAGUCAGUGGCACCUAUCAGUGCUGCCAAUCAGUGCCGCCUAUCAGUGUGCAUCAGUGCCGCCUAUCAGUGCCCAUCAG